AAAAAAAAAAAAAAAACAGGGGAAGCUUAAAAAAUGGGUUUUGGAGAAGUCCAUAUUCUUUUUUUUCUUUUCCUCUCCAUAUUCUUCCUUGUUUUAAGUAAAAUCCCAGUAAUUUGAUCAGGCUUCCUCUUAUAGAUUGAUGACUAGUUUUAUUUUUCCUUAUCUUUAUUUUCUCAAAUAAUCUUGCUCUAACCUAAAUAAAUAAAAAGCAAAAUUGAAAUUACCUAAUGCUUUAUUUAUUUACUUAUUUAUUUUUGCCUGACGGAUCCAAACGGAGGGUAAAUAAAAGAAGCCGUACUGUACGCGUUUGGAGGGGAUUUUGGUGAGCUUCAGCUUUGUGCUUUGAGUUAGCAGCUUCCUCCUGUACUGGAUUGGGUUCUUCCUAAUGGCUUUUCUUUUUCAAAAAUUUCAAGAGGCUGUGAAAACUCUUGCAAAAAAUCCCAUGUUUGCUAGGGAUCCAAGGAAACAGCAAUAUGAGGCAGACAUUAAUCGCUUGUUCCUUUACACAAGGGUGUUUUCAGUUUACGCUAAUUAAAAUUUGGAUCUCCAGCUAUAAGUUUUUGGGAAGGAAUGCUGAGGAAGCAGAUGCUGAGGAGAUCAUAGACAUGGCAAGUAAAUUCUCUGUUGCUGAUCAAGAGAAACAGGUCCAAGAAAAUGUCCAUUUGCAAAUUAAAAGCUUCUGUACAUCUAUGGAUGAAAUUCUUCUUCCUGAUGCAAAGAUAAAAAAUGAGCCAAUUGAAUCACCUGAACAAUCUAAUGCCAGUUCUCGUCGAAGUGGCCUUAGUUUUGCUGUUGGCAAAAAUAGAUCACCUACAAACCAUCCUGAUGUACCUGAGACAAGGCCUUUUAAUCGGACCGAGCUCUCUCAGAGAUUAAAGGAUCUUAUCGGCUUCACACUUGAUACCAGACCUUCUCAGAUACCCCACAAGGAAGCAGGACUAGGUUUAUUCUUAAAUGGUAAUGCUGAUAUUGGCACUGUCGUAGCCAUUUACCCUGGCAUAAUAUAUUCCCCAGCUUAUUACCGCUAUAUUCCUGGAUACCCAAGAGUUGAUGCACAGAAUCCAUAUUUGAUCACAAGGUAUGAUGGAACUGUUAUUAAUGCCCAACCUUGGGGUUUUGGGGGUGAAACCCGUGAAGUGUGGGAUGGCUUCAUUAUGCCGGAGAUGAAACGUAAUGUGCAAGGUAAUGAGAAAGGUUCAGACCGAUUGUGGAGACUUCUCAGUAAGCCAUUGGAGGGGACACGAGUGGGAUAUGGUAGCAACAUACUAGAACGGAGAAACCCAUUAGCUUUGGCUCAUUAUGCCAACCACCCUGCAAAGGGCAUGACCCCAAAUGUUAUGAUUUGCCCGUAUGACUUCCCAUUAACUGAAAAGGACAUGCGAGCUUAUAUUCCAAAUGUGAUUUUUGGGAGAGCAGAAGAUGCAAAUAUGAGGAGAUUCGGCAGCUUUUGGUUCAAAUCUGGGAGUUCAAGAAAUGGUGGCUCAGAUGUCCCUAUUCUGAAGACUCUUGUUCUGGUGGCUACAAGAGAACUUUGUGAUGAGGAAUUGCUUCUGAACUACAGGUUGAGCAACCUGAAGCGUCGGCCAGAAUGGUAUACUCCUGUGGAUGAGGAGGAGGAUAAAAGGAGGUGGAGCUAAACAUGUGAAAGGCUGGUGUUUUUGUUACAUUUCUAGCAUUUUCUGCAUGGGAAUUUUUCCAGUUAGGGUAAGCCCUUGCACCUUUUUCUUUCUUCUUUUUUUUUUUUUAAUUUUUUUUAUAUUCCCUGUUUUGACCGCUAAAAGGCUUCUAACCCGGACAUAUUUCCAGAGCCAUAAAGAAUACUAAUCACUAAUUUAUACACACACAGUUUUUCUGCCAAGGGGUAGCAACUUCAAAGGUGUUUGAUUUUGUUAAACUUUGUAUUUUUUGUUUUGCAAUCUUGAGUUAUGUAGUAGUUACUUGGGAAAAUGACACAAAUGCCUUUACUUUGCGAAGUUUUGCGGCUAUAGCUUUUGUAUUUUAAAAAAUUAAACAAAAGCCUUACAUUCUGUUUCCA